AGGGUAUAAAAAUCCGAAGUCUGUUCCCAAAUUUGUUGGUCGAAUUAAGUCAUGACGAAGAUGCGGUGCACAUUUAUAUUUUUGCUCUCUGUUUUGAGCCUUACCUGUGCUGCACCUCCAAGGUCACAAAAGGAGAUCCUGUCUCAAUUCUUUCGCUAUGCCGAGACCAUUCGUGGCAUUCAAAUUCACAAUAUGCUGGUCGUCACAGUUAAUUUUGUGCAGCAGAUAGUGGAUAGUGUGCCGGUUGAGGAACGUGGACCGGGAACAUCUGUCCUAGAGAGCUAUAUUAACCGCGGCAAGAACCUCCGUCAGCAUGGCUCUACUGCUGAGAAAUAUGUCUACGUCUACGAUCUACAAGGCGUGUUUGAAGGUCUCAAGGACAGCUUAUCUCAAUCGGCACCCGAGUCAAAAACAAUUGGAAUGAGCCUUAUCGGAUUACUGGGCGUUGCCAGUGAAUUCGCCAAGGAGGAUGAGAAAGUGCAUAAUAAAUUUACGGAAGGUGCCACCCAAAUGAAAACGAAGCUGACUCUGGCAACCAUAGCCCAGGAAAGUGAGGUUUUUAAUGCGAUUAACAAAUACAUAACUUCUAACGAUGUUCAGCAACAUGAAACCCUCAUAGAAGAAGUCCUGAGAUUUAAAAAUAAAUACUAAACGACCGUAAUAAAAUAAAACCAAUUUAAUGCACCUUUUCUUAAUGCAA